UCCUUUUCCUUUAUCACUACUAAUUCCAAAUUUUCAAUAUCAAACAUUUCUCUCUUAACUCCUCUCUAAAACCCACCCUCUCUCUCUCUCAACAACGAGAUCAGCUCACCACCUCUCUCAGAUUAAGGUGCCUUUCAUCUAGUCAUGGCUGAGGAGGCGCUUGCAAGUCAGGAAAUCCCAGUUGCAAAGUUGGCAGAGGGCGCUGAGAGCAAUGGCAUCCCCGUUAAGAUAAUUGAAGAGAACAAAGAGUGCAAAACAGAGGAAGGAAGGAAAGAUGAAGAAACGGCCAUGGAAGGAGAAUUUGUCAAGGUGGAGAAAGAGUCGUUGGAUGUGAAGGAUCGCUCUCAUGCCCCUGAGACAGAUUCUGUCUCAGAAGAAAAGCCUGUGGAUAGCAGCAACAAGGAAGCAACUAGGGAGUUGCUAGAGGCUCAAGAGAAGGUUAAAGAGCUUGAAGAUGAACUGAAGAGAAUUUCUGAUGUGGUUAAAGAAGCUGGAGCGGAAAACAUGGUCCUCAAAGACAAGCUCUUGCAGACAGAAGAACGGCUUCAAGUAAGCAAGAAGAAUUAUGAAGAGCUUGAACUCAACAACAAAAAACUGCUGGAGCAGAGCUCUGAAGCCGAGGACAGGUACAAGGAGCAGCUCAAAACGUUGCAGGAGGAGAUGCAAAGUCAUGAAGACAAGCACAAGGAGCUCACCAAUGUGAAGGAAUCCUUUGAUCGUCUCAGCCUUGAGCUUGAGACCUCAAGCAAGAAGAUUGAGGAGCUUCAGGCCCAGUUGCAAUUAUCAUCCGGAGAAGCUCAAAAGUUUGAGGAGUUGCACAAGGAAAGUGGUUUGCUUGCUGAGUCGGAGACAAAGAAGGCCUUGGAACUCGAGAGCUUGCUUGAGGCAGCAAAAUCUAGUGCGAAAGAGACGGAAGAUCAGAUGGCUUCUCUGCAGAUUGAGCUGAAAAGCUUGUCUGAGAAGAUCGAUGAGAGCAAGAAAGUAGAAGAGGCUCUGAAGAGCGUGACAGCUGAGCUUGCCGCUGUUCAGGGAGAAUUCGAGCUUUCAAAAUCGCAGGUGCAAGACGUGGAGCAGAGGCUAGCUUCAAAAGAGGCUCUUAUUGGUGAAAUGACACAAGAAUUGGAACUUGCAAAGGCUGCUGAAUCUACAGCCAAGCAACACAUUGCUUCACUCGAGAGUUUGCAGACGGAAAGCACAGACAACCUCCAAUUGAAAGUAUCCCAGCUUGAGGCUUCACAAGCAGAACUGAAGGAGGUUGUGAAUGCCAAGACCGAGAUUGAAGAACUGCUGAAAAGCCAGGAAACAAAGACGAUAGCCUUGCAGGAAGAUCUAGAAAAAUUGAGCAAAGAAAAACAAGCACUGGAAGAUGCUGUCUCUGAUCUUACUAAUAAUUCCGUUCAGUUGAAGGAGUUAUGCAACGACCUCGAGGCCAAGUUGCAGCAAUCCGAUGAGAAUUUCUGCAAAGCAGAUUCGCUUCUAGCAGAAGCAGUGGCGAACAGCAAAGAACUGGAGCAGAAAUUGAAAACCAUCGAAGAGCUUCACACUGAGUCUGGUCACGCUAUCACAACUGCUAACCAGAAAAACCAAGAGCUUGAGAGCACGCGAGAGGCCUUGAGAGCGGAAGCCGAAGAAGCAAAAUCAAAGCUCAGUGAAUCUGAAACCAAUCGUAUAGCUGCAGAACAGAGGACAGUUGAGCUAGAGCAACUACUAAACUUGGAAGAAUUGAAAAGCCAUGAUUAUCAAAGGGAGUUGAGAGAGUUAACUGAGAAACUAUCCGAACUGGAUUCUGAGUUGAAGAAGGAAACGGGGGAGAAGCAACAACUCGACAUCCAGUUGCAAGAGUCUCAGGCCAAAAUAGUUGAAGUGGAGUCUGAACUGAGCAACUCCACAGCUCGUACCAGUGAGCUCGAGUUAGAAUUAAAGGCUGCCUUGGAAAAAUGUGUUGAGCACGAGGGGCGAGCCAACACAAUUGGUGAGCGCCACAUUGAGCUUGAGAGUUUGCUCCAGACAUCGGAGUCAAAAGCACUGGAUGCUGGAAACAAGUUGAGUGAGUUCGAGUUGCUUCUUGAAACAGAAAAAUAUAGGAUCAAGGAGCUCGAAGAGCAAAUAAGUUUGGCAGAGAAGAAAUGUGAGGAUAUAGAAGCCGAGUCAUUGAAAGGCAGUCAAAAGGUGUCUGAACUUGAAGCCGAACUUGAGGCAGUCCAGUUGAAAGCAUCAAGCCUAGAGGUGGCACUUCAAGCAUCCACAGAAAAGGAAAAGGAGAUAACUGAUUCCUUUAACUUGACUACAGAAGAGAACUACAGCUUGAAAGAUUCAACAAGAACCUUAAAUGAAGAGCUAUCCGAAGCUGAAAAUCUACUUAGUUUGUUGCGGAAUGAACUCAAUAUCUCACAACAGAAGCUGGAAAGCAUUGAGAAUGAUCUAAAAGCAACUGAAUUGAGGGAAAGUGAAGUUAUUGGGAAGCUUAAGCUGGCUGAAGAACAGCUAGAGCAACAAAGCAAAGUGUUGGAGAAAGUGACUGCAAGAAGUGCAGAACUUGAGUCAUCGCAUGAAACACUAUCAAGGGACGCAGACCUGAAAAUGCAGGAGGCAGAUGCCAAUUUCUCCAGCAGAGAUUCUGAGGCGAAAGUCUUGCAUGAAAAGGUGCAGGAUCUCGAAAAUCAAGUCAAAAGUUAUCAAGUGCAGCUUGCAGAGGCAACAGAAAAAUAUGAAAUUGCAAGGGAUGAGCUUGAAAAGAUUUUAUUGGAGCUGGCUACUUCUGAGGACAUCAAUAAAGGCCUGAAAACGAAGAUCCUCGAGGUUGAAGGAAAAACCGAGUCGCACGUCUCAGAGAAUGCACUCUUAUCUGAAAAGAAUGUGCAACUCAGUGAGAAGGUUCAAGAUCUUGAAGAAAAGCUAAAUGUUACAGUUUCUGAGAGGGAAGUCUCCUCACAGCAGCUUGCUUAUCACUUGAGCAGCAUCACCGAGCUGACUGAGAAGCACUCUCAGGUCUCUGAACUUCGUUCUGCAGCUGAAGCUCGCAUUUUGCUAUUAGAAGCUCAGUUGGAAGAAGCUCUGGAAAAAUGUAGUCUAAGAGAGUUGGAAGCAAAGGAUCUAUACGAGAAGAUUCAAGCUUACGAAGCACAGGGUCAGGAAGCAUCUGCACUUGUGAAAACCCGCGAACUAGAGCUUGAAAGUAUCAUUUCAAAGUCUAAGGAUUUGGAUAGCGAACUGGAGAGAAGCUCUAGUCAGUUUAAGAAGGAGAUUGAAGCGCUAACCGAAACAAACUCAAAACUCACUCAGGAUCUCACUUCCUGUAGAUCCGAGCUAGAUGAUUUACAUAAAAUAUUGUCCAUUGCUUCAUCAGAAAAAGAAGCUACAGCUAAAGAACUAGAGGCUGCCAGGAAAGAAAUUGAAGAGCUGACUCAGCGACUCACUUCUGAUGGCGAAAAACUGCAAUCACAGAUAUCUUCUGUGAUGGAAGAGAACAAUUCCCUUAAUGAGAAAUUCCAAAGCUCGAACAAGGAUCUUCAAGCCACUAUAGCACAACUUGAGGAGAAACUGAAAGAACAAAAAACGAACGAGGGUGCCUUGAAUGCUAAGCUCUCAGCUCUCAGUUCUGAAGUUUCCCAGAAGGAUGAGCUGCUGAAUCGUCUGAAGGAGACCGAAGGCCAAUUAGCAACUGCAGAAGCACGGUUAAAGGAAGAGCAUGCUCGAGCUGCUACCUCCGAACACAAGGACGAAACCAUAAAAUCGCGGGAAAUUGACCUUUCUGCGGCCACUCCUUCAAAGAGAAAGAGCAAGAAAAAACCCGAGGGCACGUCAACUCCGGCAUCAGAUGCACAGAUUCAAACUGCUGAGGCAUCUCUAGGCCUGAACUUGAAGUUCAUUUUAGGUGUGGCUCUUGUCUCAAUCAUCUUUGGCAUUAUCCUUGGCAAAAGAUAUUGAAAAAGGCCUUUGAGUUUGAGUGUGCGCUGAAUAUAUCAAUCAUUUUUUUUGGUCUAAUCAUUUUUACAUUUGAUUAGUUUGUUUGUUUGGGUUUUUUACUUUUUUUUUUAUCAUAUUAGUCAGGAUUAUUGGUUUUCAUUUGAAUCCUGACUAUGAUUAUGGAAAGAUAUAUUUUGUUAUAGUA